AUGUCAGUGUACAAGUUCGAGCGCGGCCCUCGCCUCUUCAUGCGGGGAGGGAUCGCGGGGAACGGGGAACCCCCGCCAGGUGUGCUCGUCACGGAAGACGAGAGCAAAGAAGUAGCUGCCGUCUACACACACCGCCAACUGAGUACGGAGCUCCAUGGCUCUACCAUGGAGUCCAUCCGCACCGGCCGGAAGGGCCCUCUAAAAUCUGUUACUACUCGACUUGUAAAGCGCACCACCACCCUGACCAGGGGAACUCAAAAGACAUCUAGUGAGCCCUUGGCUGAAUCCAAGCCCAAGAAAGAGAUAUCGGACAUUGUCGUUGAUGGGAGCACUGCAAGAGAAGCUCUGUUGAAGUGGGCCCAGAGGACAACGGACAGGUAUCCAGGCGUUCGGGUGGUGGACUUCACCAAGUCCUGGAGAGACGGUUUGGCCUUCAAUGCCAUCAUCCAUCGUCAUAGACCCGAUCUGAUAAACUGGCGGAGUUUGAAGACUCGAAGUGCACGGGAACGCCUGGAUACUGCUUUCACCGUAGCUGAGCGAGAGUAUGCAGUGACGAGACUUCUGGAUCCUGAAGAUGUUGAUACCCCUGCACCAGAUGAGAAGUCUAUCAUCACAUACGUCUCCUCACUGUAUGAUGUCUUUCCUGAACCCCCAUCACUGCAUCCUCUCUCUGCUGAGGAUGCAGAGAAACGUCUCAAUGAAUACAAGGAAUUUUCUAGAAGAUUGUACAUAUGGAUUCAUGACAAGAUCAAUGAGCUCCAGUCCAUUGACAUUCCUCAUACAAUUCCAGAAAUGCGAAAACUCAUGGCUCAGACUAACCGCUUUAGAAAUGAAGAGCUUCCUCCAAGGCUGAAGGAUAAGCACACUUGUGGACAUCUAUGGAGGGAAAUAGAAAAACUUGUGGGAGACAUGAGCAGGCUUGGUAUUGAUGAAGAUAUCCGGAUCAGUAGCAUAGAACGAGCAUGGAGCCGUCUCCUGGCCCUUCUGGAUGACAGAGAGAAGUGGAUUGAUGAUGAGAUCAACAAACAUGACCGAUGGCAAAGACUGGCAGAAAAAGUUCAUCGUGAGAUUCGGCAGACUGAUUCAAAGUUGGAUGAAAUAGAGCAGAGGGUUGAGGAAGAAAUGAGGAGGUUUGAGAGGCUCCAUCCAGGAGAUUCUAAGAAGAACUGUGAAGAAAUAGAGCAAGAUCUGUUGCAAGUGGAUGACAAUAUUCGCUCAAUGCUUCAUGAUUGCCAGAUUCUUCUGGAUGCCCAUUAUCAUGAGGCCCAUGGCCUCUCAAAACAAGUGCACAAACUUCGUGAACGAUGGUCUGCCAUUCAUAUAUCAUUUCAAGAGCAGCUAAGUAACAAGAAGCGCCUCGCUUUACAGGCCCAAAGAGAACCAGUUCUUUCCAUUGAGAAACUGAUUGAAACCAAUGAGCACUUUCGUUACCUGCAUGAGUGCAUUACAUGGGUCAAAAAGAAGCAGGAGGAUCUGGAGACAGCAGAGUAUGGAAAUGAUCUUCCAAGUGUCCAGAAUGAGUUGGAAAGACAAAAGAAGGAGCACCACACCAUUGACCAAUUCCAGUCAAAGAUUGAGAGAUGUGUGGCAGCCAAGCGGAAUUUUCAAGGGGAAGAAGCAUCACUAUACUCACAGAUGCUCAUUCAACUCCAGAAAGCUUAUUCAGAGCUUCUUGUUACUUCAAACAAGCGCUUGUCUGAUCUAGAGACUCUGCUAGAUUUCAUUCAGUCAGCCACUACUGAACUAAUUUGGCUGAAUGAGAAGGAAGAAGUGGAAGUAAACCGUGACUGGAGCUCACGAAACUUGGAUCUAGUGGAAGUAGAGCAGUACUAUGAGACCCUGAUGAGUGACUUGGAGCGACGGGAGAUCCAGUUCAAUGCUGUGCAGCAUAGAGGUGAAGGACUGGUCUUGCAGAAUCAUCCUGCUGCCAAAGUCAUUGAAGCUUACAUGGCUGCCAUGCAGACACAGUGGUCAUGGAUUCUACAACUGACUCUUUGUCUUGAGACCCAUCUUCAUCAUGCAGCUGCAUAUCAGAGAUUUUUCUCUGAAGCACAAGAGUGUUCCCAAUGGAUUAUCAAGCAAGAAGAAAUGCUCAACACAGUAUUCAGCAAGUCAGACUUCUCCCUGGAGGAAGGUGAACACCUCAUGAAAGAAAUGCAAGAUUUGAGGGAUGAUCUCACUCGGUAUGGAGAUGUGGUACAGUCCUUGAAGGAGAGAAGCCGUGAAAUCGUCCCCCUGAAACAGAGAAGAGACCGUGUUGCUCGGCCUUUGCCUGUGACUGCCAUCUGUCAAUACAAGCAGAUGACUAUGACUGUGCAAAAACAAGAAGAGUGUGUUUUGCACAACAACUCUCAGCCAAGUAAGUGGCGUAUCAGUAACUCUGCAGGUGUGGAGGGUGAAGUGCCAGGGGUAUGUUUCCUAAUUCCCCCACCAAACCAAGAAGCCAUUGACACUGCAGAGAGACUACAACAGGCUUAUGACCAUUGCAUCAACCUCUGGCAAAAGAAGCAGCAUCGCAUGAGACAGAAUAUGAUUUUUGCCACCAUAAAGGUGGUUCUUAGCUGGACAUUUGAGCAAUAUAUGGCAAUGGCCCCUGAGCAGAGGGAAGCGAUCAAGAGGGCCCUCAAUGAAGAUGCAGAGAAGCUGAUAUCAGAAGGUGAUCCUACUGAUCCCCAUCUGAGGAGGCUGAGAGAUGAAAUUGCACGGUGCAAUAGACUUUUUGAGGAGUAUGAGGAGAGAGCCCGUCGUGGUGAAGCUGCCAAGUUGAACUUUGCUGAGGACAUAGCCACCCUACAGUCUGCCCUGGAUGAUGCAGAGCAGACCCUGAAGUCUCGGUGUCAAAGUAAUAUUCCUCGUAGCCUUGACACCCUUGAAACACUGGUGAUUGAACAUAAGGAAUUUGAGAGCCAGUUGCAGUCCUAUGAAGAAUUGGUGGAGCGGGUUCAAGAGACUUUCCGUGAGCUUCCCAAGAAGACUGCUUCUCAGCAGACUCGUUUGGAUAAGUGCCUUGAGAAAUGGCAGAAAAUAUGGAACAUGUCCCAAUUUUACACUGAAAGGAUGAAGGUCCUUGAGAUUGUUCUCACAGACAUGGAGGAAGCUAUAAGGCUAGUGGCUGACUUGGAGCUCAAACUAGCAUCUUCAGAUUCCAUGCCCUCAGAUUUGGAUUCACUCAGGGAGGCAAGUAAUCUGUCACAUAGAUUGUUGUUCAUCUAUGACACUCAGCACAGUUAUAUUCAUGAAGAUUUGCUCACUGUUGAAGCCACAAUUCAGACUCAUCAGCGUGUUCUGGAUCAACUCGGUGAAGAUGUUCGCAGUGUCCGUCCUGCAGUUGAGAAGUCCCGUCCCAAUCAAAGAAGGCAUCCUGAUGUUGAUCGCCUUGAGGAAGAUGUGAAGAAACUAACCAAGAGAUGGGGAAAUGUUCGUGUCCAAGUACCUGAAAGGCUGAAGAGUUGUGAGGCUGCAUCUGAUAUGCUUCGCAAGUACAAGGACAGCAUUAAUACCCAAAAAUCAUGGGUCAAUCAGAUGGAAAUACAAAUGAAGGAGGCAAAUGACUUGGAGGCAACCAUGAACAUGUACCAUGUCUUGGCGGCUCAACAGGAUUCUAUUGAAGAACUGAAUGCUCAAGGGGGAAGAUUCAUACGAGAAGCAAAAAUUUAUGACACUCAACUGAGGCAAUACAAGGCAAGCCUUGAAGAUGUUCACCCAAGUUUGGAUGCAAGCAUUUUGAAGAAGAAUCAGCCUUUCAUGCCUCCUGGCACUUCAUCUAUUGCUCGGGAACUGGAUGAGCUCAACUCCUGUUAUGAAGACCUGGUUGCACUUGCUUACCAGAAGAUACAGCACUAUUCAAGUCUGCUGAAAACAGAGGAACGCCCUUUGCAGUUCAGCAUUGAAAAGGUGACUCCCAUACAGCUGAGAACUUUUCGUUCAGAAUUCAACAUCUUGGAGAGCUUGGAAAUGGAAAUUGAUGGUGUGAAUGGUGACACUUCCAGCAGAAGGGUGAGAGUGGGUGAUCCAAUAAUUGGGGAGCAACGAAUGUCCAUGGCCAAUGUCACUUUGCAGCAGAGUGCAAAUCAUGUUCCUCACAAGAAGUUACUUAUCUCAUCAUUGGCUAAUGGACAAGGAACGAAUGGUUUGGAGGGAAAUCUAAGCACAUUGUCACAUCCACCUCGAGGAACUUCCAUGCAGUUCACAGAAAUUAAGUCCACUCGACGCAGAAGUGAAGAGGGAGUUGUGACUGAUGUGAUGACUCAUGCACCUGGAAUUUUCAAUCCUAAGACUGGUCAUGUGCUCAGUGUAUCAGAAGCAUUUGCAGAUGGACUCCUCAGUCGUGAAACUGGACAGUUUGUGGAUCCCAGGACGAAUCGCUGUCUCACCUUCAGUGAGGCUAUAACAGAAGGCUAUGUAAAUUCUGAACUGGGUGGAAAACUCCUCAGUGCUUGUGGUGUGAUAGAUCCUCAAACUUGUGUAUCACUGACUCUCCUUGAAGCCAUUCGGAAGGGACUCUAUGAUCCAGAUAGAGGAAGUUUUGUGAAUCCCAGCACAGGAGAGUGUGUAUCAGUCCAAGAAGCUGUGAGAUUAGGCGUUGUGCUUCAAGAGAAGGUAAGAGAUCUCAUUCAAAUGGGCAUAGUGACUUCUCCCACUAUGACUGUCACUGAAGCUGUGAAGAGAGGUGUUCUUGAUGUUAAGACAGGGGAGCUUUUGAUUCAUGAUAUGAAGUUGUCUCUUCAUGAAGCCCAUAUUUUAGGGUACAUAUCACUUGAACCCAGUGCCAAAACUUCAUAUGGCAUUAGCUUGUCAGAUGCUGUUGCUCAAGGGAUCGUGGAUGAAUCCAGUGGGCAGUUGAUAGAUAGGAAUUCUGGUGAUAGAUUCCCUCUGAAUGAAGCCAUGGCUCGUGGCUUGCUCAAUCCUUAUAUCUGUGAAGUCUUUGAUUGCCUUGAUGGACAGAAUCGAUUAACUCUGCUUGAAGCAGUAGAGCGCAAGUUGAUCAGUCCCUCAAUUGGAAGGUAUAUUGAUGGGAGGAAGGGAGAGUAUUUAACGUUCAAGGAAGCUCAUGCUCAGAUGUAUCUUCACAGACCACUGACUCUUAAGGAUGUUGUAGAUAUGGAUCUGGUGAGUUCCAAUGGCCUCAUCAUUGAUCCAGUGACAAAAGAGGAACUGUCUGUCUUGGAAGGCAUUGCUAUUGGACUUCUUGACUCAGAGUCUAAGUCUGUCACAGAUACAGCUUCACAAGAUUUGGUCACAUUAGCCAAAGCUUUGAGCAUGGGACUCAUCAUUCCAGAUGGACACUUUUGUGACACAGCAGCCAAUACGAAGUUGACUCUUCCUGAAGCAGCCCACAAAGGCUAUCUCACAUCUGUAGCUCAGAAGGUCAUCUUUGAUAUUGAUGGAUUCAAGGACCAGUCUACAGGUGAUUACAUAAGUUUCAACAUGGCCCUGCAGAAAGGAUUGAUUGAUUCUGAAAUGGGAAUGGUUGUAGACACCCAUACUGGUAAAAAGCUCUCUUUCAAAGAUGCUGCAGGCUGCAGUCUUGUUCAAUAUAAACUUUAUGAAAUUUUGUCAAAACCCAUUGGCAUCAGGAAUUCCAAAGGAGAGGAACUGUCUGUUCUUGAAGCAGUUUUUAAUAAAAGGUUAGACCCAGUUUCAGGACAAGUUUUGGACCGUGAGAACAAAAAGCCACUCCCAAUUGAAGAAGCCAUUGCCAAAAAGUUGAUCACUCCUGAAGGUGCAACAUUUCUUAGGAGCCUGCUGAAUAUCACUGUAACAACUUCCACAGUUACUAAAACAGUGAAGCGCUAUGUGAAGAAGUUUGUUCAGCAGAAAGUGACAAUGACUGAAGCAUUGGAACGAGGAUUAAUUGAUGAGGAUAGGGGAACUUUUUAUGAUGAGCAAAUUAAUAGUGAAAUUCCCAUUCAGAAUGCCCUUUCCCAGGGUCUCCUUGCUCUUUCAUCAUCUUGGCAGGAGAACCCACAGGAGUUAGAGAAAAGUGAUUCUCAGCAUGCUUCAAAUAAAAGCUCUAUUGAGAAGCCAGACUCUCAGCAACAAAGUCUAAGGACAAUGGAAGGUAAAACUGAGGGAAGUAUGCCCAUAUCUGAAGUUGCUAAAAAAACUGUUCCCAAAUAUUCUGUAUCCUCUGACUAUGAUUUUGGCUCUUCCUCAUUGGGAGUUCAAGCUUAUGAAAUGCCAGCAAAAGGAUGGUUUCUCAAAGAAGCCCUUGCUUUGAACCUAUUUGACCCCUUGACUGGACUCUUAACAAUCCCAGGAUCUGAUCGCUUGGUUUCAUUUGAAGAAUGUAUCCAGAUGGGUAUUAUAGAUCCCUCAUCUGCUACUAUCAUGGAUCCUUACAAUGGGAAGCCUACAACAAUUCUUCACAGCCUAGAGAAGAAAUUUGUUGAUUCUACAGGUCACUAUGUUGACAGAGAUGGAAGGAAAUACUCUUUGAGAGAUGCUGUUCAAAAGAAGUACAUUAUGUUGAAAGACAGGAGAGGAGACGAUCAGCCCGAUUCCAAGACUCUUCGCAUUCAGCAUUCAGAGAGCCAACUGACCACUCUUCAAACCUGUGACAAAGAGCAACAGAAAAUUUCAAAGUCACCCAUUCAAGUCUCUAGAGAUGUUAUAUUCUAUCCUAGUGAGGCAAUGGUGGAAGUACUGUCCCAUGGAAGAAAAAUGGAUCUCUUGAUGGCUGUAAAAGAAGGACUGGUUCAACCUAGACGGGUCAGAGUGAAGGAACCCAGUUCCAAUAAGUUUAUUGCUAUCAAUGAUGCAAUGAGGAAAGGGUUCAUUGAUAAGAAAACAGGAGAGUACAAAGACAAGACUGGAAGGAGGCAUCCUUUAGUUGAUGCUACACAUUUGGGAAUUGUGAUGGUAGAACCUUCACUGGAGAAACCUGAAACUAGUGUAAUAGAGAAAGGUAUGCUGGCUACCACAUACAAGAAAGCAACAGUGAUUGAUCCCCGGACAAAGCAAGAAUUAAGCCUCGAUGAGGCUUUGCAAAAAGGUCUGAUUGAUGAAGAUAUACAUAGACAACAAGUGCUUGAAGGGUAUGGUCCUGAUGGGGAAUAUAUGGAAGCUGAUACGACGAAAACCAUUGAAUGGACUAUUAUUGUUCAAGAUCCUGAAACUGGAGAUGAAAUAAGUGCUGAGGAGGCAGUGGACAGGGGUUUUCUCACAACAGAUGAAUUGGAAGUGUUGAAGAAGUAUCGCGAUGAAAAGCAGCGGGAGUAUGAGAGGUCUGAGCCUGCAGUACAAGAUCGAGAACAAAGGAGACCUUCAUUGGGAGAUAUCACUCGUUCCAAAGUAACUACUGAGCCCAAGUUCAAAGUUGCAAUUGGGCGAGCCAAAUCCUUCAGUGCUGAACCUGUAGAAAAGCAAGCCAAGGCGAGGCGUAAAGCCAAGAGCACAACUGAUGCUCCCCUCACUAGUAACUUGCUUGGAAGUGACUUUGGCAUAAUAGACCUGGAUUCAGGGCAAAUGAUUUUGCCACUUACCAGGGACUUGAAACUUUCUAUGUCUCCCAGUGUUCAUGAAGUGACGGACACUACCCCAAAUGUGGGUAUGGACAAUCCUGUGACUGUAAUGAAGCAUGUAGUACUCAGAGCUGAAAAGUUGAAUGAAGAUAGUGACUCCAGUGUUGCCAGUGCUGGUCAUGAUAAAAUCAGCUUUUGUGAGGCCAUUCGAAAAGGAUUGGUAGAUCUGGAAGAGGGGACAUUUAAGAAUCCUAGUUCUGGAGAUGUUAUAAGCAUCACUAGUGCAAUUGAUGAGGGUAUCCUUAAUCCCAGUGAAUCUGCUUCAAAAAAAGCCAUGCCCAUGUCAAAACUGACCCUCUCCCAAGCUAUCCAGUCAAUUUAUGAUGAGAACAAGGAAAGUUUUCUUGAUCCAAAGACACAAGAAUUGUUGAGUUUUGAAGAAUGCUUAACUAGAGAAGUGAUUGAUCCCAACUGUGUUUUGUAUCUUGUUGAGGAAAAUUGUCUACUGACAACGAAAGAAGCUCUGGAGGGUGGCAUUUUAGACAGGGAAACUGGAAACUUCAUUGCUUCUGCUACUGGCAACAAAAUUAGUUUGGAACAAGCUCUGAAAUCAGGAUUGCUUACAGUGAUUGGUGUUCCUGCUUUCAUGGGAAAAGAAGUUGCUGCCAUGAUAGGUGAACAACUCCAAGCACCAUGUUCACGAUUUCCCAGAAUAAACAAUAGCCAGCAAGAAACUGGAGAUGGCAAAGAAAUUGAUAUGCAGAGCUCAGUGGUUUAUCCUGUUCUGAAGGUGCCAAUUGCUGAAGCUCUCUCUCAGUCUUUGAUCAUCUUGGACACCUGUGUCCUUGUCGUCCCCAAAACAAAUGAAACAUUUUCUUUGCAUAAUGCACUUGAUCAUCAUAUUGUUUCUCCAGAGUCAAUUGUGGAUGUACAGAAUGAAACCAAAAUGGUCCUGAUAGAAAAUAUACCAUACUCUGUCCAUGUUAUCAGACAAUUGAGUAUGGAGAAUGCCAUUGAACAGGGCUCAUAUGAUCCAGAAUCUGAAACCUUUGUUGAUGAUAACACUGGAGAUCCCAUCACACUUGAGGAAGCUAUCAAUCUGGGUAUGUUUGAUGCAGAAUUGAUUCUAGUCAAGGAUCUCAGAAAAGGUGUUUUUGUUCCCCUCAUUGAUGCUCUUGAUUUAUUGCUCAUUGAUAAGUGCACAGGCCAUAUGGUUGAUCCGUCAACAGGCACGAGGGUCCCUUUCUAUGAUGCAGUAGACAAGGGAUGGAUUCAAGUAUCUGAGAAGGCUCAUUCACCUGGAAAGCCAGUGCAACCCUUAUCACUUCAUGAAGUUAUCAAUAAAAAAUUGUAUGAUUUUGAUACUGGAAACAUUCAAGAGCCUGUUUCUGGAAGGGAGAUUCCACUGCAUGAAGCUAUCAAUAUGGGCCUUGUAAGACCAGACUCAGUUCUAGUCAGGGAUUUGGAAGCCAAAAAGUUGGUUUCUUUGGAUGAAGCCUUGAGCUCAGGCCUGGUUGACUUGAAGCAUGGUGUGUAUGUCCAUUCUGAAAAGGGCAGAGAGCUGGAACUCAAGACAGCUAUCAUGCAGGGACUCAUCACAACUAGCAAGGUGCCUAUGUCAAUAGAGGCAGUAAUUCGGAAAGGACUUUACAACCCAGAAACAGGAUUGAUUCGUGAUCCUGCUACAGCCCAGGGAGUGAAUAUUGAUGAGGCUGUAAAUCGAGGCAUUGUAGACCCUGUUAUCACCGAAUGCCUAGAUACCAGCAAGGGAGAAACUGUCACUCUUGAAGAAGCAUUAGAAAGAAAGCUUGUUGACCCUUGCACUGGUCAGUUAAAGAACACCACCAGUGGAGAACUGCUGUGUUUGGACAAAGCCUUAGAUAGUGGCUUGAUUCUAACUGCAAAAUUCAGCAUUCCUCUUCUUGACUCCUUGGCUCAGGAACUAUAUGACCCAGAAUUAGGCAUUUGGGAAAAUCCUGCUACUGGGCAGCUUCUAACACUCCAGGAUGCUUUGGAUUCUAAACUUCUUGAUGCAUCAACUGUACAAGUCAAAGACCCCCAGAGUAAUGCACAAAUAUCAUUGGAAAAGGCCUUAGAGAGAGGUAUUAUAAAUGGAAAAACUGGUCAAUUAGUUCACCCUGCACCAAUGUCUCUAUCCACUGCUUUCAAUGAGGGACUUUUAUCAUCCAAAAGUCUUUAUCGACCCCUUCAGGAACUCUUAGAAGAGGGCUUGUAUGACGCUGAAAGUGGUAUGAUAACACUACCUGGAUCAGAUGAGAAGCUCACCCUGGAAGAAGCCAUCAAACGAGGGGAAGUGGAGCCUUCAGCACUAACUGUCAAGGAUCCACGUUCUGGUGAUCUGCUCACCCUCCAGGAAGCUAUCAUUGUGGGAAUUAUACACCCUCGUCAUGGCAUUUGCACUGAUCCUGUCAGUGGAGCUGAUCUGAAUCUGUAUGAUGCUUUAGAUCGUAGAUUGAUUGUCUCAGCAAAGAAGAGUUUCUCCCUUCCUGAAGCUGUCUUCAAGGGUAUUUAUGAUACUAAAUCUAGGAAGUUCUUAAGGCUUGAAACAAAGGAGAAGUUCACAACUGAUCGUGCCAUCAGGAGUGGUCUGAUUGAUCCAUCUUCUACCCUUGUGAAGGAUUCAAAGGGAAAUUUGAUGACAUUCAUGCAAGCAGUUGAAAAUGCAGUGAUAGAUUCCAAGGAUGGAACUGUGAAAGUGGGUCGAUAUAAUAAAGUUGAUUUCCAGGCUGCAUUUGAUCAAGGUCUACUAAUAGAGAUACGACCCAACAUGUCUGUGAGAGAAGCUGUGAUCAAAGGCAUCUAUUCAAGGGAGGAGGGAAGAUUCCUAGUUCCAGCCACUGGUAAAUGGGUUGAUAUUCAGGAAGCCAUUCAACUCAAUCUUAUCAAUCCCAAUUCUGUGCAUGUAAAAGACACCAGAAGUGGGUUUCUGAAGAAAAUGCCUUUGAAUGAUGCCCUCAACCAAGGCUUUGUUGAUGUAGUGUCUGGAAAGGUCAAGAACAUGGAAACAGGAGAAAUGUGUGACCUCAUUGAAUCCUUUGAAACUGGUCUCAUUGUGGAUAGUAUGGCUGUGAUAUCAUUGCAGAAAGCAUUGCAUCAAGGAUUAUAUGAUGAGGUGACUGGGAGAUUCACAGAUCCAAAUACUGGGAAUCAGAUCACAUUGCACGAAGCAUUACGACGGUUUAUCAUCAAUCCAUAUUUUCCUUGUUUCUGGGACAAGGAAAAUGGCCACCUCCUCAGCCUUGGUGCCACAUGCCGUGAAGGUAUCAUUGACCGAAGGCAAGGUGUGUUCAAGGACCCCACAUCUGGCUUGGAGAUUUCUCUUUCAGAAGCUCUUGAUCAACAGCUAAUAGUGGAUAUAGAACGCCCUCUUAGCAUUUAUGAUGCCAUCUCAGUUGGACUGUAUGUUCCUUCUACUGGAAAGUUUGCUCAUCCCACUCAUGGACGUAUGCUGACACUUGAAGAGGCAUGCAAAGAAGAUGUAUUAGAUGCUGAGAGAUCCAUUAUUCGACAUGUUGUGAGUGGUCAAUUGUUGGCAUUACCAGAAGCUGUAGCUGAGGGCUUGGUUGAUAGCAAGGAAGGAAGGUAUGUUGUUCCAGGUUCAAAUGAUCAGUUGACCCUCCAACAAGCCUUGGAACAAUGUCUGAUCGUCAAUUCUAAAAGACCCAUGAGCAUUGAAGAAAUGCUGAAGAAUAAACUAUAUGUCAGUGAAACUGGCCGCUUCAUAGAUCCUGUGGUAGGAGACCACCUGGACUUAUAUUAUGCUGUUGAAUUGGGUCUCAUUGAGCCAAGUACAUCUGCAUUUCGAGAUCCAAAUUCUGGGAAUCUGAAGAGCAUAAGGAGUGCCAUUGAAGAUGGAGAUAUUGAUGAGAGAAGGGGCACUGUCAAGGAUCCAAAGCUACAGGUCACAUACCCUGUUGAUGUUGCUUUUGCUAGGGGGCUAAUAGUGACUGUUGAAAAACCCAUCACAUUCCAGCAAGCUAUGCGUCGUGGCUCAAUUGAUUUGCUUAGGAUGAAGUUCAGAGAUCCAAGGACAUGUAUGGAUUGCAGUCUGGAAGAAGCCAUUGUAUCUGAACUGAUUGACCCUGAGUCAGCAGUGAUAAAGGAUCCAAGGACUGGGAGGUUCAAAACACUUAAGUCUGCUAUACAAGAAGGCAUCAUUGACAUAAAGAAAAAGGCAAUGCUUGAUCCUCAGACAGGUAAAAUGAAGAAGCUCUGCAUUCUCUUUGAGCAAGGGACUGUUGCAUUUUGGAGAGAGCCACUCAGUUUCAUGGAAGCUAUUCAAAAGGGUCUUCUGUCGCUGCAUAGUGGGAGCUUCACUGAUCCUGCUUCUGAAGAAGUGUUAACCCUUCAAGAGGCUAUUCAGUAUGGCCUCAUUGAUCCAAAUUCCUGUGUUGUGAAGGAUACACGGGGAGGCUUCAUCUUGAAUCUUCCUGAGGCUAUAAGGCAGGGUUUGGUAGACCCUCAAAAAGGCAUGUUCUACAACAAAGCAACAAAUCAUCUUCUCCCCCUCGACAUGGCAAUAGAAAAUGGAAUGUUAUUAGUGCCUGAAAGGCCUUUCUCUCUGAUGGAAGCUCUCCAAUAUGGACUGUUUGACCAAGAGACAGGAAAAUUCUCUGAUCCAUUCCGAGAGAGGGCUGUGACUUUGCAAGAAGCACUGGACAGUGGUCUUAUAGACCCAACAACCACUGUGAUUCGUGAUCCUGUGUCUGGCAAGAUUGUAUCCCUUGCUGAAGCUGUACAAGCAGGUUUGCUGGAUCCCAUCACUGGAGAGUUGAUCGACCCAUCUACUGGGAAAAGGAUGAGUCUCUUGGAUGCCAUGAAUAAAGGUUUUCUACUAACAGCAGAAGCCAGGCUGGCCAUGGAGGAGAAGUACAAGCUUUGUGAUGAUACAAUCAACAAGCUUCUUGCAUGGGUUGGUGAAACUGAGAAGAAGCUAGCCACCCAGGAACCUGCCAAGGAGAAUGUAGAUAAAUUGAGGAAUCAGAUCAAUGUCUUAAAGCAAAUUUCAAAUGACAUUGAGGAACACAGCCGUCCCAUGCAUACCGCAGUUGACCAGAUGCAGCAUAUCAUGGAAGAAGGACAAGAAUUCCUUUCACCUGAUGAAAUUGCUCAAUUGAGACGUCAUGGAGAUGAGCUUAAGCAACGUUAUGAGUCAGCUAGUGACCAUUGUGACCAGCUUCUCAAAAAGUUGCAUUCUGCUUUGGAUGAACUCAGCAAAUUCCAAUCAGAGCUGAACACUUUUGAGACCUGGCUAGCUGAUGCAAGUAGAAAGCUUCAUGAAAAGGAGCAAGCCCUCUCUGAUCUUCCAAAGUUAAAAUCCCAUGCUGAUACCACAAAGGACUUAGUGGGAGAUGUGAUGGCUCAUCAGGCAGACCUCCGCUUCUUAACCAUGGCUGCUCAGAAAUUCCUUGAUGAAGGAAAGGAUCACUUGAAGACCCUGAAUGCAUUCCGAACAAGUCUUCCUCAGAGGUAUUCACACAUUGAACCCUCAGACUCCCAGGUCCGUCGCAAGGUUGCAGAUGUGUCUACUGCCUUCCAAGAUCUCCUUUCACGUGCCAACAAACUAUCUGAGAAAUUCCUUUCUGUGGGAGACAAGCAGCAUAUGUAUGCUGACUGUGUGGACCGUAUGAAGACUUGGCUGAAGGAAGUAGAGCCAAAGGCAUCUAAGCUUGUCAAUGAACCAAUAGCUGCUGAACCUAAAGCCAUUCAGGAUCAGCUGGAUAAAGUAAAGAUGUUGAACAAUGACAUUCUGUCUCAAGGUCGCCUUCUUGACAGCACUAAGCAAGCAGGGAAGAAUCUUUUGGAUUCACUCGAAGGUUCCUUGACUCCACAAGAGAGAAGACAUAUUGACCAAACCAUGCAAGAUCUUGAUGCCAGAUAUAACCAGCUGCUAGGAGCAGUUGGAGGGAAGGGUCAGGAGUUGGAGUCAGCCUUAGUUGCAUCUCAAGGUGUCAGUGAUGGCAUUGAUUCAGUGAUGAACUGGCUCAAUCAGGUAGAGUCUCAGCUCCGUACAAUGAUGAAGCCAGCAAGCCUGAAUCGUGAUAGACUCAAUGAUCAGCUGCAAGAGCAAAAGGUGCUACAUCAUGAUAUUGAUGCUCAUCGCCCAACCAUUCAAUCCUUGGCUCAGGCUGCCACUGAGCUCAUGGCUUCUUCCUCUGGCAAUAGAACAGCCAAGAAGAUUGAAGGAAAACUUCGAGAUAUGGUGUCUCAGUAUGAGAAGCUUGUUGAGAAGUGCAGUGCCCGCAGCAUUUUCCUGGAAGAUGUUUCGGUCAAUCUGGAUAGUUAUUCCACAGCUGCACAUGGUUUUGAAGAAUGGUUUGCAGAACUGUCUGAAAUUUUGGAUUCCCCAGAAGGCCUAAAAGUUGAUAUUGACACAACAUCCUCCCAUGUGGUAGACCUUGUGCAUAGCCGAGAUAGCAAGAGAGAUGAUUUUGAGGACAUGAUCCGCAAAGGCAAGAAUCUUGUUGGCAGGAAGGAUGUGACAGAUGCUCAGCCAAUCAAGGAGCAAAUAAAAACUCUGGAAGCCCAGUGGAAAGAACUCAAUGCCAUACUUGAUGAAAAGCAGAAAUUAAAUCAGUCCCGAUAUGAACAUCGUAAUGCCUAUGAAGCCUUGAGAGAUCAAGUUCUGGAAUGGAUGACUCACAUGGAAGGCAUUGUGGAAGGCUUGCCACCAGUUGCAAUGGAAUCUGACCUAGUGAGACGCCAAGUGGAUGAUUUGAAGCCAUUGAUCAAGGAACAUCGUGACUAUGGCCCCACUAUUGACAGAGUCAAUGACCUCGGCAAUGCCUUUGAGGCUGCAUUAAGGGCUGAGAGACCUGAGAGCCCUGCUCGCCGAAGGAGCUCUCUAACACCAUCAAAGCGUGCCUCUAUUGCAUCUGUGUCAAGUAGGAAGGGCUCCCUUGAUGUCAGAAGUCCCGGUGGAAGAGGAAGCAUAUUUGGAAGCCGUCGGCCAUCUCAGGACAUUGCUGUUCAUUUGGAAGAGCUGAGUCCUGUCCAGCAGCAGCUGACAGAGAUCAACAAUCGUUACCAUCUAUUGGACAUGAAAUUGUCUGAUCGUCAAAAUGCUCUGGACAGUGUGAAAGAUGAGCUGAGAAAGCACCUGGAUGCCAUCAACAACCUUCGAGCUGCCUUAGAUAGACUGGCACGUCAAAUGCCAAAAGAUUCUGUGCCCCAAUCAAAAGAGGAGGCUGACAAGCAGUUGCGUGCUGUGAGAGACAUUCAGGAGAGUCUUUACAACCAUCAACCUGCUCUAGAUAGCCUUAGAACAAAUUGUUUGGAGAUGGUGCACAAGCAUGGCAAAGCUGCUGGUGCUUCUGAUCUUGAGCAACAGGUGCAAGAUGUGAUUGAACAGUGGUCUGAUUUGCAUGGUCUAUGCAAAGAAAAAAUGGCCUUCUUGGAUCGAGUCAAGGAAUUUCUGGAGUUGGCUGAUAAUUUCUCUAAUUGGCUCACCUCCAAGGGUAAAAUGAUGAGUGUGCUUGGUCCCAUUGCCACUGAUACUAGAAUUGUGGAAAAUCAGUUGCAGCAAGUACAGGUUUUGCGAGAUGACUUCAGUGCACACUACCCACAGCUUCAGCAUCUGAAUAAAUUGGGAGAGUCCAUCUUGGAGAAUUUAGAUACAGGCAGCCCUGAAGCACGGAAAGUCUCAGAUAAGCUCAAUGCUAUUAAUGAACAGUGGGAUCAGCUACUUGGUCUUCUUGACAAACGCCAAGAUGCUCUUAGUGCAGCAGCUGCUGCCAGCAAAGACUUCAAUGUAGCACUCAAUCAGCUGCAAAACAAUCUUCAGAAAUUGUCUGAUGAAUUUGAAGAUCUUGGACCACCUGGGCAAGAUGUUGACAACCAGCUUCGCAAGCUAGAGAAAUUGGAGAAUGAUCUGGAUAAACAGCGGCCUCUCCUGACGGAAGUUGAAAGCCUUGGAGAAAACCUAUCUGACAUUCUGGCUGAUGCUGCGGCAAAGAAUGAGAUACGAAACACACUUGGAAAUGUUGGAAGGAUGUACAAUCAACUUCAGAGAAAGAUUGAGAACCGCAGAGCUGAGCUGGAGUCCUCUCUCAGGGAUGAGAAAGAACUUGCUGAUAUGUGCUUGUCUCUACUGGACUGGCUAAAGGAGAUGCAGACUCAUUUGUCUGACAAGCUCCUUGUGUCUGCAGACCAUGAAGUGCUUAAAAACCAAGUGGAAGAAUAUGAGCCCAUCUACAAGGAAAUCAUGAGCAGGGAGCAUGAGGUGAUCAUGCUGGUAAACAAAUCUCAGGAUAUAAGUAGUCGUGGAUCAGGAAGAGACACGCGUGGUCUACAGAAGAGUAUGGACUCCGUUCAGCGCCAAUGGGAUCGCCUGAAACGAGAAGCAGUUGAGCGUCACAACAGACUCACAACAUGCAUGGAGCAAUGUCGCAAGUUCCUGACUGCCCAAAGUAUGUUCCUCCCAUGGCUUGAUGAUGUGGAAAGCAAGCUCUCUCGCAUGCAAGCAGUUAGCUUCAAGAAACCUGAUUUGGAUCGUCAGAUCAAAGAGAUGCAAGCCUUUAAGAAUGAGCUGUCUCGUCAUUCACAAGAAUAUGAAAACAACAAGACCCUUGGAGAGGCUUUAUUGGCUGCUACUGACAGAGACAAGGAAGGUGUCAAGGGAGACUUGAAAGAUAUGAGGGAUCGCUGGGACAAACUGAAUAAUGCUGUCCUCGGGAGGUUACAAGCCCUUGAAGAUGUUUCUCAACGUCUUCAGGAUUAUAAUGACAAGGCCAGGGAUCUUGGUCACAAGUUGCAGAGGAUUGAAGAUUCUGUUGCAUCUCAUGAUGCUCUUGGAGAUGCUGCUAAGGAUCCAAAGUUGCUCAACAGGAUGAAGAGUUUGUACAAUGAGACAAGACAACUUGAGCAGCCUCUGAGGGCUGUGGAGGAUUAUGCUGGGGCUCUCACUCAUGAAGCUGAUGCCUUGGGUGCUGAUGCUCAUCACAUCCAAGAUGAAGUUCAUAAGCUAAAAGAUAAGUAUGAUCAACUACGACAAGGGCUUCAGGACAGAUCACAGGACCUGGAGGCUGCCGCUCAGGCUGUAGCACAAGUCAAGGAACAUGUGAAGUCACUGACUGCCAGUCUCGGUGGCCUUGAAGAAGAACUUGAGAGCAUGAAGCCAAUUGCUAGGGACUUGCACACACUCAGGAAACAGAAGGAUGAGGUAGAGAAAUUUCUAUUCAAGACCCAACAAAAAGAAGAAGAAUUGAAGGAUGUAAGCCAGCUCUGUCGAGAUUUGGCUGCUGAAGGUUAUUCAUCUAAUGCCAAGGCAGCACAGGAACAGCUGAGCAAUCUCGAGAAGCAGCUCAACCGUCUUCAGGAGAGGGGCAAAACUCGUUCAGAUGAUAUUGAUCAUGCCCUUGCUCGAGUUGGCUCCUUCUACAACCUCUUUCAGGCAGUCAUGGGUGAUAUUAAUGAUGUGGCAAAUGAGGUCAGAAACUUCAAGCCCAUUGGUGGAGAUGUUGAUACCAUCAGGCAACAGAAGCAUGAAUUUGCCAGCUUCCGCAGCCGCCGUAUUGAGCCAAUAAACAAUCAAGUAGAUGCAUGCAACAAACAGGGACAAGGGCUCAUUCAGUCUGCUGCAUCUGGAGUCAACACAUCUGCAAUGGAAUCAGAUCUAGAGAAGAUGAAUGAGAAGUGGAAUUCUCUGAAAGAGAAGCUUCAUGAUCGUGAGAGGAGGUUAGAUGUUGGUCUUCUUCAAAGUGGGAAGUUCCAGGAAGCUCUUCAUGGGCUUGAAAAAUGGUUGACUGACACCGAGGAGAUGGUAGCAAAUCAGAAGCCACCAUCCGCUGAUUACAAGGUUGUGAAGGCACAACUCCAGGAGCAGAAGUUCUUGAACAAGAUGCUGAUGGAUCGACAGAAUUCCCUGAAUUCUGUAUCAGACAUGGGCAAGGAGAUUGCUGCUAGUGCAGAGCCAAUGGAGAGGAAGCAAAUUGAAAAUCAAUUAAAGGACCUAAUGCUGAGGUUUGAUGCACUGCAGAAUGCAGCAAAGGCAAGAAUGGAAAUGCUGGAGCAAACUAUGGAAGUUGCCAAAGACUUCCAAGAUAAAAUAUAUCCUUUAACAGACUUCAUGGAGAAGGCAGAGAAGAAAAUCCAUGAGAUGGAAACUAUUCCUACUGAUGAGGAUAAGAUUCAGCGACUAAUAGAAGAACAUCAGAUUCUGAAUGAUGACAUUCUUGCCAUGAAACCAAAAUUUGAUGAAACUGCAGAUACAGCAACUGCCCUUAUGUCACUUGUUGGUGAUGAUGAUGCUCAAAUGGUAGCUGACAAGGUUCAAGAUGCCACUGAUCGGUAUGCAACUCUGGUGGAUGAAUCAGAGCAGCUGGGUGAGCUUCUAAAGUCUUCUAAGGCUGGCUUGAGGCACCUUGUCUUGAGCUAUGAGGACUUGCUUGCAUGGCUCGAAGACAUGGAGCAACGACUGGCUAGGUUUAAGGUUCUCUCUGUCUAUGACGACACCCUCUUGCAGCAAAUGGAUGAAUUGACAGAGUUGACAGAAGAAGUUGCAGCUCAUCAGAAACAAGUUGAUGAUGUUGUGGAUUCUGGCUUGGAACUCAUGAAGCACAUUUCAAAUGAAGAAGCAAUACAGCUUAAGGACAAGCUUGAUUCCAUUCAGCGCAAGUACAAUGACCUGACAAGCAAGGCCUCCAACCUUCUCCGCCAUGCACAGGAAGCAUUACCUUUGGUGCGUCGCUUCCACAAGGAUCACGGCAAGCUCAAUGAAUGGCUUGGAGAUGCUGAAAGCCUUUUGUCUUCUAUGGGUUCAACUGAACUACACCUUCAAGAGAAAGAAGUCCGCCGGCUAGAGAAUGAAAUUUCACAAAAUCGAAGCCUCUUGGAAUCUGUGAAUAGUCUUGGCCCACAACUCUGCCACAUAUCACCUGGAGAGGGAGCAGUCACCAUCGAAUCUCUUGUGACUAAGGACAACAGGAGAUUUGAAGCAGUUUGUGAGCAGGUCCAGAGAAGAGCUGAAAGAAUCCAGCUCUCCAAACAGAGGUCUUUGGAAGUUGUGAAUGAUGUGGAUGAACUACUGGAAUGGUUCCGUGAAGCUGAAGGUCAACUUCAGGAAGCAGAGCCACCAUCCUGUGACCAUGAGAUCAUUCGCAUACAGCUCAAAGAGCACAGAGCCCUCACAGAUGACAUCUCAUCCCAGAAAGGUCGUGUUCGUGAUGUCCUUGCUGCUGCGAAGAAGUUGUUGCGUGAGGCUCCACAAACUGAGGACAGUCUCAUCUUGCGUGAGAAGAUGGAUGACUUGAAGGAGACAAUGGAGAAUGUGUCUCGGUUGGCUGCUGAUAGGUUGAGUAUCUUAGAGCAAGCACUGCCUCUUGCUGAGCAUUUCUUUGAGACUCACAAUGAUCUGAGCAACUGGCUGGAUGAAAUGGAGCAGACUGCCUUGGUGAUGGAUAGUCCUGGUCUCAGGGCAGAUCAAAUCUUGAAACAACAAGAGAGGAAUAAUGCCAUGCUACAAGCCAUCAGUGAACACAAGCCUUUGGUGGAUAAGUUGAACAAGACAGGCACAACACUUGGGCGCUUGUGUGCAGAAGAGGAGGCUGCCAAAGUUCAGGACAUAAUGGACAUUGAUAACCAGCGAUACAAUGCCCUCAAGGUUGGAUUGCGGGAGAGGCAACAGGCCCUUGAAGAUGCCAUGCAAGAGACAAGCCAAUUUAGUGAUAAAUUGGAUGGCAUGCUUUCUGCACUUGCCAACACUGCUGAUCAGGUGAACAAUGCAGAACCAAUUUCAGCCCAUCCGGACAAGAUCCAAGAACAGAUUGCCGAGAAUGCAGCCAUUUUGGAAGACCUUGACAAGCGAGAGAGUGCAUAUGAAGCAGUGAAAAGGGCAGCUCAUGAUGUCAUCAGCAAGGCUGGUAGCUCCUCUGAUCCAGCUGUCAGAGACAUCAAAGCCAAGCUGGAACGGCUGUCAUCCCUCUGGGAUCAUAUUCAAGAUGCAGCUACAACCCGAGGGCAAAGCUUGGAAGAUGCAUUGAACUUAGCUGAAAGAUUCUGGGAUGAGUUGCAAGGAGUCAUGAGAGCCUUGAAAGACCUCCAAGAAACACUUAAUACUCAGGAACCUCCUGCAGUUGAACCAAGAGCAAUUCAGCGACAGCAGUCAGCCCUGAAGGAGAUAAAGCAGGAAAUUGAUCAGACCAAGCCUGAAGUUGAACAAUGCAGAAAGACUGGCCAGAAACUGAUGAAUGUUUGUGGUGAGCCAGACAAACCAGAGGUGAAACAGCAUAUCCAGGACUUGGACCAUGCCUGGGACAAUGUCACUGCAUUGUAUGCUAAGAGAGAGGAGAAUCUCAUUGAUGCCAUGGAGAAGGCCAUGGAAUUUCAUGAUACCCUCCAGGGUAUUCUGGACUUCCUUGACACUGCUGAAGAGAAGUUUGCUAAGCUUGGUCCUCUGGGAUCUGAUAUUGGGAUGGUCAAGACCCAGAUUAAGCAGCUCAAAGAUUUCAAGAAUGAAGUUGACCCACACAUGGUGAAAGUGGAAGCCUUGAAUAGGCAAGCUCAAGAAUUAACUGCCCGUACAUCUCAUGAUCAAGCUCGCCGCAUCAAGGAGCCACUGGCUGAUGUAAAUGCUCGGUGGGAUGGCCUCUUGAAGGGCAUUGUUGACAGGCAGAGGGAGCUGGAACAAGCCUUGCUCCGUCUUGGACAGUUCCAGCAUGCCCUUGAUGAAUUGAUGGUUUGGAUCAGCAGAACUGAAAACACUCUCGAUGGCCUCAAGCCAGUCUUUGGUGACCCUGCAGUGAUUGAAGUGGAACUGGCCAAGUUAAAGGUCCUGGUCAAUGACAUCCAAGCUCACCAGACUAGUGUGGAUACGCUGAAUAAUGCUGGCCGCCAGCUGAUUGAGAGUGAUAAAGGCUCUGAGGAUGCAUCUGUAACUCAGCAGAAGUUAAACCAGUUGAACAAUCGAUGGAACCAUCUCCAACAAAAAGCAGUUGAUAGGCAGAGAGAACUAGAAGAUGCUCUAAGAGAAGCACAGGCUUUCAAUGCUGAAAUCCAGGAUCUCCUCCUCUGGCUUGGGGAUGUAGACAGUGCACUGAGUACUUCUAAACCCGUUGGUGGUCUGCCUGAGACUGCAAAGGAACAGCUGGCACGAUUCAUGGAGGUGUUUGAUGAUUUGGAACGCAUGAGACCAAAGGUGGAAACUGUUCUCCAACAGGGUAAUGACUACCUCAAACGUUCCACAGAAGGUUCUGCUUCCAACCUACAACAUAAUCUCCGCACUCUUAAGCAACGCUGGGAUAAUGUACUCAAUCGAGCAAAUGACAAGAAAAUAAAGCUGGAGAUUGCCUUGAAAGAAGCAACAGAAUUUCAUGAGGCUCUUCAGGAAUUUGUUGAUUGGCUCACCAAUGCAGAGAAACUUCUGAGCAACCUCAGCCCUGUGAGUAGGGUCAUGGACACUAUCCUAGAACAGAUUGAAGAGCACAAGGCAUUCCAGAAAGAAAUCGGUGCUCAUCGAGAAGUGAUGCUCAACUUGGACAAAAAGGGAACCCACCUCAAGUACUUCAGCCAAAAGCAGGAUGUGAUCCUGAUCAAGAAUCUCCUCAUUAGUGUCCAGCAUCGGUGGGAGAGGGUGGUGUCCAAGUCCGCUGAGCGAACUAGGGCCCUAGAUCAUGGCUACAAGGAAGCAAAGGCAUUCCAUGAUGCUUGGGUAGACCUCAUUCAAUGGCUUGAUAAUGCUCAAACUAAGCUGGAUGAGAUCACAGCCACUUUGGGCAAUGAUCCAGAGAAGAUCAAGCAGUUGUUGUCCAAGCAUAAGGAAUUCCAAAGACAGCUUGGUGCAAAGCAGCCUGCUUAUGAUAACACCUUGAAGAUGGGCAGAGCUUUGAAGGACAAGGCUCCAAAGGGAGACCAGUCUAAGCUCCAGGAUAUGUUGACUGAAUUAAAGAACAAGUGGAAUGCUGUUUGUAACCACUCUGUAGACAGGCAAGUGAUACAAAAUAAGCUGGAAGAGGCAUUGCUGUUCUCUGGUCAGUUUAAGGAAGCUAUUGGUGCUCUCCUGGACUGGUUGAAGAAAGCAGAAAAAGAUCUUAGCCAUGAGACCCCUGUUCAUGGCGAUUUAGAUACUGUGAUGGCUUUGGUAGAGCAGCACAAGGCCUUUGAAAAUGAACUUAGCAAGAGGUCCAGUCAGGUGUCAUCAGUUCAGAAUACUGCUCAGGAGUUGCUAAAAAGUGCUAGUCCUGGAGAUGCCUCUGGCAUUCGUGACCAAACAAGAGAACUGUCUAGCCUUUGGGAGAAAGUAGAUAGGUUGAGUCGCACCAAGGCCUCUAGGUUGGCAGAUGCACUCAAGCAGGCAGAAGAGUUGCACAAAGCUGUUCACAUGCUUCUGGAGUGGUUAUCUGAUGCAGAAAUGAAGCUACGCUUCGCUGGACCACUUCCUGACACUGAAGAAGAAACUCGACAGCAGCUUGUUGAUCAUCGCAAAUUUAUGGCAGAGAUGCAGAUGAAGGAGCGAGAGAAGGAUAACACAAUCAAGCUAGCCCAAAGUAUUUUUGGCAAAUGUCACCCAGAUGGUGUUUCAGUCAUCAAGCACUGGAUGAGCAUUAUUCAGAGUCGAUGGGAAGAUGUCUCAUCAUGGGCUAAGCAGCGUGAGCAGAGACUUCAACAACACCUGGAUAUGCUGCAGGACCUUGCCAAGCUUCUGGAAGAGCUCAUGCGAUAUCUGAAUUCCUGUGAGAACACUUUGGUCUCAUUGGAAUCUCAGCCUCUUCCAGAUGAUCUGCCAAUCAUUGAACAGCUCAUCCAAGAACAUCAAGAAUUCAUGGAAGACAUGGCCAAGAGGCAACCAGAUGUAGACAGGAUUUGCAAACCAAAGCGGGUCUCUACAACCAUUCCUCCAGGAAUCAAGGAUAGGAAAGCAUCAAAAGCUUCUCGGCAAGCAAGUCGUGAGCCAGAGACACCAAGCAGGGAGUCAUCUCCUGAGCAUGAUGCAGCAUCCAGGAGAUCCAGAUCUACCCCUGAACGAGAGAAAACUCCAGAGAAAUGGCCCCACAUUGGACCAAGGUUCAGUAUAUCACCAAGUCGUAAAGGCAGCAAGGUAGCUGGAACUGAGCCAACCCUAAAAAAUCCUCGUGCUCAAGAACUGUGGGAAAAGUGGAGACGUGUUUGGAUGCUGGCAUGGGAUCGCCAACGGAGACUUCAAGAUAAGUAUAACCAUCUGCAGGAGGUUGAAAGGCUGAAGAACUUUAGCUUUGAGGAAUGGAGAAAGCGGUUCAUGAGGUGGUUGAAUCACAAGAAGUCAAGAGCAAUGGAUCUGUUCCGCAAAAUGGACAAAGACAACGAUGGGCGUGUUCUCAGGGAUCCUGAUUUCAUUGAUGGAAUCAUCAAAUCAAAGUUCCCAACAAGCCGAUUGGAAAUGCUGCAAGUUGUGGAGAUCAUGGAUCGUAACAAUGAUGGUUACAUCGAUCAUGCUGAGUUUUUGGCUGCCCUUCGCCCUGAUUGGGACCAGCCAUUCACAGAACAGGAGCAAAUUGAAGAUGAGGUACAGCGUCAGGUUGCCCAGUGCACUUGCAGGUCAAAAUUCAUCGUUCGGCAUGUUGGAGAAGGGAGAUACAAGUUUGGAGAAAGCCAGAAGCUACGUUUGGUACGCAUCCUACGUUCAACUGUCAUGGUUCGUGUUGGUGGUGGAUGGGUCGCUCUUGAUGAGUUCCUUGUCAAGAAUGAUCCAUGCAGAGCCAAGGGACGUACAAAUGUGGAAUUGAGAGAGCAGUUCAUCCUCCCUGAAGGAGGAGCUCAGAGCAUGACUCCAUUCAAACAUAAGCAACCACAGCAAUCUGGUUCUGCAUCAAGCCAGUCUGGCCAGCGCUCCAGUCCACUGCCAACAGCUGGACCCAUCACCAAGAUCCGUGAGAAGACUGUACGUAGUACACCAAUGACCAGGGCGUCAUUCUCUGCUGGUACUUCUGAUUCCUUGAGUGAUUCUGAAGGGUUCCUCACCCGUCUGCAUCAGCCAAGGAAGGGAUCUUCUCCUCAAACACCAUCCAGGGGAGGUUCAAGCAGCAGGCCAUCCAGCAGACCACCAUCUCGAGGUUCACGUCCACCAUCUCGGGCAGGCUCAGAUGUUUCUCUGGACAGUGUGGAUGGAACUACUCCGGCUCGACGAGGCAUCAGCUCUUCCAUUAAGCGUACUCCCAGUUUCAAUAAGCCCUCCACCAAAGGAUCUGCACGGAGUUCAACACCCACUCGAGCAUCAAGUGGAAGCACUGGAAGUUUGUCAGCCCGAAAAGGCUCUGCACCAGUUACAUCUCGAACACCUGCCUCUCCACUCCUUUCCAGGUCAAGAACUCCUUCUAGUGGGAGCAUACCAGGAGCUGUGGCUUCUGCCACAUCAACGCCCAGGAGUUCGAGGAUCUCAUCAGGGACAUCAAGUUUGACAAGAAAAGGAUCAGGAGCAUCAGACAUUGCUAGACGAAAGGGAAAUGGUGAUGAUGAGAAACCCAGAUGGAAAAUGUGAACAUUGGAUAUUGGCUGCAUACACUCCUCUUCUGCCUAAGUCUCAAACUAACUGAGCCUUGUCUGGUCUGGGCCUGGCUUCACUCGAAUGAUUUUGUACGCUUAUCUGUGUCCUCAUAUUGACAUGAGAAUUCACACUCACUCGAUGAAUGCCUACCCAAAUAUCCAAAUGAAUAAGGCAGCGUAUGUGAUAAUUAACACACUUGAAAUCAAGAGCUGUGUUUGGAGCAGGGAUUGGAAUGUUCUUGGGACCAUGCGACAUAGAAAUGAUUUGUUCUUUUUUUUCCAGUUUAAAGGUGCCCUUGUUUGAUUUGGAUUGUAAUACAGUGGUAAUGAUAAAACCACACAUUGAAGAGUCAAAUGGUGCUGUACUUCUUUCUCAUAAUCCUGAUUUAUAUGCUGAGGAUCAAAAGUAUAUGUUUACAAUAGAGAGGUCUGUGCCUAAUUUGGGGGUAUUAUCAAUCAAGAAAUCUUUCCAUCUUUCAUAGAACAGGGCUCUCUGUUGCAAGCACUACUGGGAUCUGAUGGUCAUUCAUUUUCCACUCCCUUUGGACCCACGUGAUCAGUACAGUGUUCACCUUGAGUGAUGAUGCCAUAGCAACACCUGAAUAAUUGGCAUUCCAUUCUAGUUGCAUGCAUAUGUCCCUCCUCCUUUCCCUUGUACAUUGUCUUACCAUUUGUACAGAUUGAAUCGAUAAGCAGAGAUUCCAUAACUAGUUUUUUAACUUUUUUUGUUCUCGUGUUCAAGUCUUUUUUCAGUAACAAAAGUGAUUUGUUUUGAAAUGCAUGAAAAUGGGAAAAUGGCUAUUUUUUCUAGAAUUGAGUGUUUGCUGAUAGAUUAUUUAAUCAGUAAGAAAACUCCAGUUAGUUUAACUUGGAAAUUUCCAAUCCAUCGUAUUUACUUGUCUCACGUGAUAUUUUUUAAUGUUAUUUUUUCCUCCUUCAUUUGCUUCCUGCUCGUGUAUGGUUUUUACUGUUGGAAAGCAUGCCUGGAAAAUUAACAUGUGUGCAUAAUAAAUUGGGAACUACCUUA